GGGAAACCUAUGUGCCUAACUUUUGGUCAACUUCCUGUCUGUUAUAACGUUCCCAUCCCUCCUCCCCGUGUCACCUCAGGAAUGAUUUUAGUUAUGACCCAAGGAAGAUAAGGACGUCAUGCAUCCAUCAAUCCAUACCACUUCUCCUUUGAGUGUCACAGGGGAAGCGUGGAGCCAAUCCCAUCUGAUAUCCAGUUGGCGAGGCGUAUUAUUGCAGCAGGGCUGAGCUUCCACUGAGCUGGGGAUUGCACGAGUGAGUCAGAGUUUUUGCCGUUCCUCGUCUCACCUGCUGCUGAAAACAAAGCAGCAUGAUCGACUGACAGUCUGACUGAGUGACUGAGUGACGAGGGAGCCGGAGCAAACAGGGCCUGUCACAGAGAGUUGAGCAGAAAUGGCUCUGCGCAGAUCACCCUCCUCUACCUGUGCCACAGAUUCAUGGUCCAACAGUGCCCUUCAAGUGACCAGGGCACUCAGUGAGUCGUCCUCCAUUCAAAGCGACGUCCUGUACCACCUGGCCCGGGACGUGUCUGCGACGGGAAUGGACCUCAUGUCCUACAGCACCCUGGAAAAUGAAGCAUGGAAAGAAGAAUCUUGGGCGCCGGAGUCACAGAUCCUGUUACAGAUCUCCCAGAGUGAGGACAAGAUCCCGGUUGUGGAUUCACCUACAAGCCCUCAGUAUCACAGAGAAGGCCUUUACUUCGCUGACGGCCGACGGAAAGUUGACUACGUCCUGGUCUUCCAUCAUCGGCGCCACAGUUCCAUACGUCAUCCCAACAGCACCUCAGUGUCACAUGACAGAUUAUCUAUCGUUUCCAAUGGCAACUUUCCCCAGUCAGUGGGCUCCGAAGCGGGUGCAGGAAUAGGAGCGGGUGUGCCGGGGGGAGAGGCAGCAAGUUUUGGCGAGGUGUUCAUGGAACUUGGAUUUGCUGGAGGGAACGAGACAGCGGAGCCGGCUGACCAUGAGAUGUGUCUGAUCAGACAAGAGUUUGAGGCCAACCUGCUGGAGGCCGGCCUGGAGAUUGAGAGAGACAAAGAGUUCAAGGCCCAUGGCCCCAGCUUCACUCGGCUCCAUGCUCCCUGGCCAGUUCUCUGUCGAGAGGCUGAGUUUCUCAAGAUCAAAGUACCCACCAAAACGAGUUACGAGCUUAAAGAAGAAAGUGGUUUUGGGUCCAGGAUGAGCACAGUGUGGAGGAAACUGAAUCAACCUUUCCAGCCCAAAGUACCACAGCAAGACCAUGGACGCACCAAAUUUCUCUCGCACUGCUUCUCCAGGGACAAACUCCACCUGUACAACAUCACAUCUAAAGACACGUUCUUUGACAAUGCUACACGGGGCAGAAUAGUCUAUGAGAUCCUGAGACGAACAGUGUGUGUACGGACCUGUCAAACCAUAGGCAUCAGUACCUUGAUUGCUAAAGGCGUGUAUGACGCGGCAUUUCCACUUCACGAUGGUGAUUUCAGGAUCAUGGGACACGAUGAAGAGAGGAAUGACAGACAGGUUCUGCAUGAAGAGUGGGCCAGAUACUCAGCCUUCUACAAGUACCAGCCCAUCGAUCUUGUCAGGAAGUAUUUUGGGGAGAAAAUCGGCCUUUACUUCGCUUGGCUCGGUGUUUACACUCAGCUGCUCGUACCAGCCUCCAUAGUGGGGAUCAUUGUGUUUGGCUACGGGGUGGCAACACUGGAUACUAACAUACCCAGUUUGGAGAUGUGUGACGGGCGUCUCAAUUUCACCAUGUGUCCCUUGUGUGACGGAGCCUGUGACUUCUGGCAGCUCAGCACUGCCUGCGGCACGGCCAGGGCUUCACACCUCUUCGACAAUCCCGCCACCGUCUUCUUCGCCAUCUUCAUGUCUCUGUGGGCGGUGCUGUUCUUGGAACACUGGAAGCGUCGUCAGAUCAGUUUGAGCUUCAGCUGGGAUCUGACAGGCAUCGAGGAAGAUGAGGAACAUCCAAGGCCCAGAUAUGAGACAAUCCUUCUCAAGAAGCGACAGAGGAAGCAGAAAAAAAAGAAACAGAAGAAGAAGAGUGAGCCAGUGAAGCAGGAGGACGGGACAGUGACAGGGAAGGACAGAUGGAGACAAAAACUACUGUCUGCCAUGGCUGCAGGGAUACCGGUAACCCCUCCCCUUCUUCUCCUCCUCCUCCUCCUCCUCCUGUCUUUUCCUUCUUCCUCUUCUCCAUCUCCUUUUCGUCUUCUUUCUCCUUCACCUCCUUUCCCCCAAAUCCCCAAAACAGAUACCACCUUUGAGGAGCGUCUCAUCUUAAAAGCCUUCUUACUAAAGUUUAUGAACGCAUAUGCACCCAUCUUUUAUGUGGCUUUCUUCAAGGGACGGUUCGCAGGUCGACCUGGGAAUUACGUGUAUGUCUUUAACAACUAUCGGAUGGAAGAGUGUGCACCAGGAGGCUGCCUCAUCGAGCUGUGCAUUCAGCUCAGCAUCAUCAUGCUGGGAAAACAGCUCAUCCAGAACAACAUCUUUGAAAUUGGCAUCCCGAAGCUGAAGAAGUUGGUGCGUGCGAUGAAGGCUAAAGGAUCAGCGGAGGCAGAGAGGGAGGAGGAGAGGCCUCCACAGCAGUGGAACCUGGACUAUGCCCUGGCUGCCUUUGAAGGCCUGACACCUGAAUACAUGGAGAUGAUCAUCCAGUUUGGUUUUGUCUCUCUGUUCGUGGCGUCAUUCCCGCUCGCUCCGCUCUUUGCCCUGCUCAACAACGUCAUCGAGAUCAGACUAGAUGCUAAGAAGUUUGUAACAGAGCUGCGUAGGCCAGUGGCCAUACGAGCUAAAGACAUCGGGAUAUGGUACAACAUACUGAGUGGAAUGGGAAAGUUCUCAGUCAUUAUAAAUGCCUUUGUCAUCUCCUUCACAUCAGACUUCAUCCCUCGGCUCGUCUACCAGUACAUGUACAGUCAGACCGGCACCAUGCAUGGCUUCAUUGACCACACACUCUCCUACUUCAAUGUGUCCAGUUUCAAGUCCGGCACGUCACCACAGAACUCUGGAGACAUCACCGUCUGCCGGUACAAAGACUACAGGGAACCCCCUUGGUCUCCAGACGCGUACCACUUCUCCAAACAGUACUGGUCUGUCCUGGCUGCAAGAUUGGCUUUCGUCAUAUUGUUCCAAAAUCUUGUGAUGUUCCUCAGCCUCGUGGUUGCCUGGGUCAUUCCCGAUGUCCCAAAAACCAUCAUGGAGCAGCUCAAACGGGAGAAGAAGCUCCUCGUUGACCUAUUUUUAAGGGAAGAGAAGGAAAAAUUCCAGCUCAUUCGGCGGCUCUUCACCAAGGACCCUAGCCUGCAGCCAGGCAGCCAUGCGGUCCACACAGGGCAGGACUUUCCCAAUCUAGGUCGUUACAGUACUUUACCCACAGGCCCCACGCAGGCCUCGGCUGGAGAGGCAGGAGGUGGUGGGCCGAGGGCAAGGUGUAGGGCGGCAAGUUUCAGCCAGUUCACCAGGAAGAUUCCUCCAUCGCCUAAGAAUGAACAGGAGAAUUUAAGACACACAGCAGUGUGACUUAAUAGGCUGGGGGUACGUCACCUGAGCCUCAGGACUGUGUUUUGGGUUUUUUGGUCCAAAUACGUCUUUGGCUGUGUCUCUUCGAUGUCCUCGCGUGUGUGUGACACAGCAGCGCUGUGACGGAAAACACAUCACAGCCUAGUUUUGAACAUUUGGUUAACUUUUGCUUAUCAGUCUCAGUUAAGUUGAAUGUGCUACGUCCACGUUGGUUGAAUGGGUGUGCACGUUGUUGCUAUUCCCACCUACAGCUGUUCACGUAAAAGUGUUGACAUUUUUACGUUUUUGUAAUACUUAAGUGAGGAAUACUAGCUUCAUAGCGUAGACAAGCAAUAACUGCUAAAUUAUUAAGGCUGAUUGAGUGAGUAUUACAAGAACCUUGGAUGAGACUGAAGACAGAUCUAUGACCGAAUGGGCACUUAGUCAACAUACAUGUGACUAUACAGUAUGUGUUACUUCUAUUCAUGUUAUAUUGUAAUAUUGUGAACCUAAUUUGUAGCAUCUCCAACAUUUCACAUGUUCUGGACUUUACAAUGCAUCGUACUGAAAUCACACAAGCCUUGUAGAAGAGCUGAUUAUUUCUCUCAAUUUCUUUUACACCAUUUAUUGGACCCAUUUAUUGGACCAGAGCUCCCCAAACAGCUGCUACUCAUUGUCUUGCCCUGUACACUGAUGGAUGGAUGCAUAUGCCAACGGGGCACACUCUUGUACGCCAAUAUUAGAUUUCAGUCAUAGUUUUUAGAUUAAGAUGAAUUGAAAAGCGUUUUUCCUGUUAGCGACAUGGACUUUAACAACUGUCUGUAGAGUUUUCUAAUGACUAGGAAACAUGUUAGCAAUGUUAGGAAUCAUUUGUCAAGUGAAAAAAGUACUUCAGAAGUGUUGUCUUCAGACUAUACUGCUACUUCUAUGCUGGUAAGUGAUAAAUCUGGGUUCCGACUACCCAAACAGAAGAGCUCGCAUAAAAGAAGUUAGUGGCGUCAUCAUACAGCCGUGUUAGAGAUUUGUCGAGAAACACAGACUGUAAACAUAUUUAAACAUCCGUCAUUUCAGCACCGAUGCAUUUGAUUUUCUGUGAAGACAACGUCAGCUAGUUAGCGGGUUCAACUAUUGCUGUACACUGUAGAUGGUAGCAUAUUAAUAUAUAUAUACAGUAUAUAUUAAUAUUCAUACUAAUGAACAUAACUUUUGCUUGUUAAAUUCAAACUCAAAUUGUAAUUUUACAUUUUUGUUGUGUCAUGAAAGAUAAUGCUGCCUUCAAGUGUAACCUGUGAGCUUGUGGUUAUGACAUAAGGGUUCAUAUAUGAAGCUAUUGUCAUGAGAACACUGCUGCUAGGCAAUCUGUAAUGCUCACGGAAGAUUACAUUACUAUACAAGUCAUUAAAUAGGAGGCAUAGCUCACUAGUUGUUCCCCAAUUUUCUAGUGAAGCCAACAAAGCAUUGAUUAAAGACUUGAUUAUGUGUGUCCCUUCACAACAUUACAAAAUGUGGAAGGGCCCAUUGUGAUGUCAAGUUUGUAUAUUGAAGCCAGCAAGAAAAACAGUGUUAACUUUUGCUAUUGUUUCCCAUUUGAUGUUUCACUUUGGCUCCUUUUUAUUUCAACACCUACUGAGUCAAUGGCAGUGACACAUCACACACACACACUGCAGGGGGUUUAAAGGCCCUGUGUGCAAGAAUUAGACUGAAACAAACUGAGGACGUUGUGGAAUUAUGGUGACCUUUACAUACAAGAGAGGAUGUUCUUUGUUUGCGUAAUAAGCUUCAGAGAAAAGAUGGUGGCCUCCAUAAAGCAAGGCCCUUGCCUAAAGUACAAAUGAAAAGAAAAUCUAAAAUCUAAAUUAAAAUGUGUAUGUGAUUAUACAAUUACACAAACACACUCAUGGGUAUUAUAUUCAAUUUUCUGCCAACAAACCCCCCACUUACACACAAAGGUCCAGUUGUGUAGCCACACUCUCAACUGUGCAGCUCUCAAGUUCCCGCCCUCUUGAUAACGCUAAUAUAAAGUGUGCUAACCCAAAUCCAAAAUGAAUUUUCUUUAUAAAAUGGUUUGCGGUUUGUUUAAUUGAGAUAUUCAGAAUUAUUGAAAUGACUGGGCACUAUCUUGACCCAGGCCUUGUUACGUUUCAUUCAUUCAUUCAUUGAUUACUGAUUCAGGGGCCUUGUCACUCAGUUUGGACUCACUGGGCCUCCUUACACCUGGCAUUAAAAUGAGUUUUCUGUGAUUGCAUAAUGGAAUCGGAUAGUCCCCGAAGUACAGGUGUAAAUACACCCGAGGACGGAUUGUUAUCUGAUCUACCAAACCACUUCCGGAGGUGGUCAGAGACGCAUUGUAACCACAUUGAACAGCAGUGUGAAUGCGAUGCGUCUCCAGUCGGUCUCCGUGACUAUGUGAGCAGAAAUACGUUGGUGGCUCCGAGCACAGCUUACAUGAAAGCAUUGGUUUUUUGCUUGUCGAAGACGACAGCUUCCCCUGCUUUGAAAAGUGCCCGUGAUCGGAUUGCGAUCAGAUCUUGAUGUGGACACUGUAGACGCAUGUUACUACCAGGUGUAAAUGCAUGUGGUGAAGCGCUAUCUGAUCAUAGAAAACGCAUUCUAAUGCCAGGUGUAAAGGCGGCCACUGACACAGACUUCUAACUUAUAGAAACAUAUUCACAGGGUUUAGGGAAUAAAAUGGAUAUGGUCUCCAGAAGAAAAGUGUUCAUCCCCAUCUGGUUUUACCUUAUGCUGGUAUAGGAGUUCCAAAAUACAUUUUGAUUGUUGAUUAAAUAUUUUUGUUGUUUGA